CAGUGUUCAGCUGGGCGUCGCACACGGCUCUGCCCCGCCACCUCUUGAGCGCAGAACCUUGUCAACCUCGAUAAGAUAAGCAGCACUGGAAGGAUCCACAACUGACCCUGGAAGGGCUCAUUGCUUCUUUGUGACGAUCAUCUCCUGUCGACAUAACCACAUCCAACCUCGAAUCCCAUACGCGCCACUUAUCGAAAGUCGGCCCUCGACAUAUCAAACCUACCAUAGUAUCUCGAAAACACCCCUCUCUUCUAUUCCAAGAACCGUCCAUCGAAGAACACCCCGAAAUCAGACCGCCCAAGAUGCCAAAAGCAGAAGUUGGCUCGACGAAGCACCUGAGCAACAAGCUCAAAAGCAAAGGCCUCCAGCGGCUGCGCUGGUACUGCCAAGUCUGCGAGAAGCAGUGCCGCGACGAGAACGGCUUCAAGAUGCACACGCAGUCCGAGUCGCACGUGCGGCAGAUGCUCGUCGUGGGCGAGGACCCGAAAAAGUUCCUCAACGAGUACAGCAACCAGUUUCUCCGCGACUUCACGCAGCUGCUGCGCACGGGGCACGGCGAGAAGCAGGUGCAGAUCAACCACUUUUACCAAGAGUACAUUGCCAACAAGGAGCACGUGCACAUGAACGCGACAAAGUGGCCCAGCUUGACCGAGUUUGCGAAGCACCUGGGGCGGGAGGGCAUCUGUCGCGUCGAGGAGAACGAGAAGGGUAUCCACAUUGCGUGGAUCGAUAACUCGCCAGAGGCGCUCAAGAGGCAGGAGGCAUUGAGGAGGAAAGAGGCGCAGGAUCGCGGCAACGAGGAGGUGGAGCAGAUGAUGAUUCGGGAGCAGAUCAAGAGGGCGCAGAAGGCGGCCGAGGCGAGAGGCGAGAAGGCCGAUGACGAGCAAGAGCGGGAGAGGGGGUUGCAGAGGGCAGAAGGAGAGAAAGUGUCGUUGUCAUUUGGUGCCAAGCCUGCCGCAGCGAAGAAGGAGCCCAGCAUGAAAGGGGCGGAAGCGCAGUCCAAGUCCGCCGAGCCCGAGGCCUCGACUACUGCGACGACUACAGCGGCAUCGGAGAAGGGAGAGGACAAGCCUGCCGAGAAGCCGUCUCUCGGAGGUGGUCUGUCGCUCAAGAUGACGGCGAAACCUCAGACCAGGAAUGUAUUUGCUCAGGCGAAGAAGAACGCGCUUGCUGGCGGCGCGAAGAAGUCUGCCUUUGAGCAACCGAAAAAGAUGAGCGAGGCGGAACGGAUCAUGAAAGAGGACAUGGAGAGGCAGAAGGGGAAACGAUCAAGGGACGGCUCCGGGUCGGGUUUUGGCGGGUUCGCGUUCAAGAAACAAAAGACGGAUCAGCGGUGAUUUCGACUCUAGAUCAGGCAUCGAUUUCAUGUCCAUCGAUAGGCGUUUGGGUUUGAAGCAUGGCAGCAUCACUGUAACAAGAAAAGGAGGUUCAACGACUUGCAUGGGCAGAACUUGGGUUGCACUUUUAGAUACCAUUUUGAGAAUUGAUUCAUCUGAAUA